AGUCAAUGAGACAUCAGCGCUUCGUUUCCCAGUGUUUGCCCGAUAGCCAGGCACGCGUGUAUGUGUGUAUGUGUGUAUUUGUAGUGCAUCCAAAGGAAAACAUUACGCAGCUAGAACCCCGUUACAUCCGAAUCAUUGUAUUAUAUUAAGAGUUGUUGUGCUAAGCUGGACACGUGUCGGAAAGAUGGACUUCAGAUAAAUAAAUUACUUUUCAUGCAUUGUGCCCGAAUAACAGGCCUAACAUAUAAGUAGCGAGUCGAGGGACAGACCUUCAAAAAAUCCCAUGCCUUUCAUAAAUUAGACUGUCAAACGUGAGAAGAAAAUGUCUUGGUUGGGAUCCUUACCCUGGUCACAAGGGAUAAAAAAACGAGCCUGCAGAUAUCUCCUACAACGGUAUCUUGGUCAAUUUUUAGAGGAGAAGCUGACAUUAGAUCAGUUCACAGUAGAUCUUUACAAUGGAACUGGUCGUGUAACCAAUGUCAGCCUUGAUGUACAGGCACUCAACGAAAUGGGAGAGCAGCAACAUCUGCCGUUAGAAUUUGUACAUGGUUUUGUAGCAGAGAUGUCUAUUAGCAUACCGUGGUCGACUUUGCUCAGCGAAGCUAGUUAUGUGGAGGUGACCAGUCUCAGAUUGACAGUUCAACCAAGACAAAGGAAAAAAAGUAGCACCUCGAUGUUCGAAUCCAUGUGGAAUUCUAUGUCAUCUAGCAUGCAACUUGCACAAGAAUGUUUACAAGAAGAUGCUAACAAUACUGGGAAUUUGCAACCGCUAGAAGGAGUGGAAUUGUUUGCACAAACGAUAGAUUCAAUUUUAUACAGGGUGAAAGUCAGAUUUAUAGAUACUGUAAUACGUUUGGAGCAUGUGCCAUUGGAUUCAUCGACGGGAGUCGCGGUAGAAAUUCAUAUAAAGAAUCUCGAAUAUUCCGAUGAAGCAGGCAUGGAUCCAAAUAGUACUUCGUUAGAUCCUAGUCAAUCAACAAAGGGAUACAUUGUGUCGGCAUUCACAACAAAACGUUUCUACUUAGAUGGAGUAACUUUCUACACAGAUGAAUUUCCAACUUGUACAAGAACUUUCUCUAGAAGUGUAAUAACAACGAGUAGAGGUUCCACACCAGAUUCUAAAAAUUCGGAUGGUCAAUUUAUUUCUGCACAAAUGUCCCCAAAUCAAAAUAUGCAAACUCCUCCAGAUGGUAACAUUAUUAAUAAUUUAAGCGGCUCGAAUCCUAUAAUGUUCGCUAAGUUGGCAGGCAGACAAGAAAUAAGAGUAAAAUUGAAACAAGGGGAAGGUGUUUCAGGGCCGAAGGUAAAAUUAGAAGUUACUUUGGGAUCGUUGACUUCGUUUCUAAGCCCACGGCAGGCGCACGUUUUGAUAGAAUUAGGACAGGGGCUUGCAUCUCCGGAUUUAGAAGACAUUAGCAAUGUUGCGCCGAAAACGUGCACCGAGAAACCUAUGGCUGGUAGCGACUUUCAUUGCGUGGAACGCGAGCUCAUUCAACAGAUACAACCGACUCAAGGAUUACGUACUAUGGAUUUGAAGCAUACGCAAGGCUGGUCAACAGCAUCUUUAGACGAAUCGGAUAACGAGGAUGUAUUUUUACCAAUGCGAUUGCCAGGAUCUACGUCAAUGAGCGAUUCUAUUGCAAGUAACAACAUCAGCAUGGACGGGAGUAUAUCGUCCAGUAGUACUAGCUUAAAAAGUUCAGCGAUCAAUGUACCAAAGCAACGUAAACAUAGAUAUAGCGUGGAUAAUAGUCUUCCUGUGGAAAUAUUUCCGUUUCACGUGAGAGUAUCUUCCAUAGCUAUAAUACUGUUACACGAGGAUAUAUUGACUACGUGCGUAGAUGGCGGCGGUUUAACAUGUUCUAGUAUACGGCAAAUGAAGAAUUCGGCGGAAGAAUUUUUUAAGCAACUCGGCAUGUUCGCAGCUACUGGAUACGGGAAUAAAGAUUUUGAUAAAGCAUCGAAACUACUCUUAGACGCUUGCCAUUUAAGUCACAUUAGAUUGCUCGCCGCGCCGCUGGUAAUCGACGGAAAGGAAAAUACUACAACGGAAACCUCUGUAACGUCUGGAACAUUGACGUUAGCUAGUUUAGAAAUUAUUGAAUGUUUGAUCGAUUCGAACAGCUCCGGUGGAAAUGGAACUCCCACGACGGAAUACGUCGAGCUGCUUACUUUUCCAAAAGAGAAUUUAACGAAUGUUGGCUUCGCAAACAAAAUAGAUUUUAAAAUGAAAUUUAAAUCGACCGAUGACAUUUACGAUGCUAGAUAUGCCAUAGUAGCGAAAUAUGCAAAUCCGCGAACAGAAGUCGAUAUUGAAUUGGAACCGUGCAAAAGCGAAGUGGAUAUAACCAUUGUAGAUAGGAUAUGUACCUUACUUAAUCCGCAACCGAUAUGUGUUUAUAAUCCUGUAUCUAACGACAAAAACAUCAAUCAGCAAACAUUAUUUGACCAAGCCGUGGAAAGCCCUACUUCUUCGACUUCUUUAGUUAUCAUAAACGUAUCUUCGUCGCAGUGUACGAUAAAGCUCAGGUUUCCAAUACCAGAUUUAAGACCACUGCACGAUAUGAAUAGGGUGCCGUGGUGGAAAAGAUCAGUGAGAACGGAUUACAUGAUCUUGAAACUGAUCGAUGCACAAAUACAUUCUACGAUGAAGAAUUUCCCCCGCUAUGUGGCGAAGCACGAAAUUCAAUUUCGAAACCUGCUGUUCUCGUACGCGGAAACUGAGACGGACACGCCGAUAAACAUAGGCAAAGUCACGGCUGACGAGAAUAUGGGGUCGAUGAAUCAAGUUAACGAAGGUUUUGGUUGGUCCAGGGUAGUGAUCACAAUUUAUCCGCAACGUUUAAGCGGUCAGUUGGAAGACAGUUCCGAGGGAGAACCGGAUUCCAGCUUGGACGAAGCUUUGGAGAGCGUACCUAAACAUCAACCGUCACCGUUCAGCUCGAAACGCGUUAUCCACAAAUCCGAUACACCCCAUGCACAAGGCGACAAAGACGAUUCGGAACAAAGAGAAGGCGAGGAACUGAUUAUGCCAGGAAGCCGCGUAGAAAUGCUAGAGUUCAUGGACGAAAGCACCCGCGGUUCCAGAAUUCAACUAGAAAUCAACUUUCCGUGUGUUUCCGUCCAAAUACCAUCCAAGCACCUGUUCGACCUACUGUAUAAUAGAUUCAACAUCGAUCUUCUUUUAUGGACGCCAUCGGCGCCAAGACCAAAAUACACGACACAUGUGGAGAGUCAUAUAGGUCGUGAUUUAGCAUCUACCUUGUUGCAAGAAUCGGUUUACCCUAGAUUUAGAACGUGCAAGAGCGGGCUUCAAUAUGAUUCCGAUUCGGAUUCGGACAAGGAAGGCAUAUUUCACUCGGCAGCCGAUAAAAGUUACAGGCAACACCAGAACAGAGUGCCGAGAAACGGUCAGAGUAAAUUAGCGAUACUUUUGAGUAUAGAUCGAGGUAUCCUCUGCAUGUACACACCUGUUCGUGACUCUAUGCGCAACGUUAUUCCUGGCCAACAAGGAGAAAUUAUAAUCCACACGGAGGACACAACGAUAUUCUCGGUAAUCUCGCAUAAAGGAAACUCGAAUCUGAGCUACGUGUGCGCUAUGAUAAAUAACAUAUCGUUGGAUCAUUGCGGAUUAAUGACUACUCCCGCGCAAACGCCCCCAUUGAGAUGGUUUCACAACGCUGUACCGCGACAUUGUAAAAAUUCUAUAUGCAGAACCAGCGCGAGCGCGAACGUAAUGGGGACGAACAACGGUAACAAAGAUAUGGUGAUGCUCGCUAUACGAAUACAGGCUAGUCAUCAAACUCAUCGUAUAAAAACUUUUAGAGUAGCGGUGGGCAUAACAAAUGCUACAAUGAAGCACAGAAUGUGCGUUACCGGUACGUCAUGGUUCACACAGUUAACGGAUUUUCUCGACGCGAACGAUAAUCCAGUCGCCGGCUACUCACCGUCGAGAAAACUAACAGAACUGCAUUUACAUCUCUGGGAUUGCGCGGUUGAUUAUAGGCCAAUUCAUUUACCAUUGAGAUCGAUGGUGACUCUCAGUAACUUUAGCGUGUCCAGCAACAUAGCUGCUUAUACGAAUACCUCAACCCUGCGUUUUAUAGCAGAAGACAUGGCAUUGUUCAUAUCAAACAAAUUAGGGAAAGACGUAGACUUAAAGAGAGACUAUGUGUGCGUUAUGGACGUAGGGUUGUUCGAGUUGUCGUUAAGGCUAAGCGAGAGAAUGUUCGGUGCGGCGCCCAGAGUGGAUCUGAGAGCGAGCAACAACGUUCUGCAUGUUCGAACAUGUUCGGAUUCCGGUUGUGCUCUUAUUCAACUGUUGACUUAUUUCGCGAACGAUGGAGAUCUAAUACCAAACACAGAAAAUAUUGAAAGUAUUAUAGCACCGAGUUCGGGGGACGAAGAGAGUCUUCUCGGUGAGGAGAGUAUCAAUACAUUGAGCAAAAGUCAAAUGGAACGUGUAAAUACUUUGAUGGAAGAGGCGAUGAAGGAGAACGUGAACGGGACAGACGCAAGCGUGGACAGUAAAGCAUUAAUAAAUGAAAAUCGAGUGGAAGUAUUUUUCUUUCCGGAUGAGUCUCACCCUUCUUCGUAUGCAUUACCUGAGAUGUGUUUCGAGCCACGUGUCAAGCUGGAAUGUAACGUCGAUGUACAGAACCCUAACGAAGACUUUUGUAUAUUGGGGGAGGAAGCGGGCACAGGGAUUAUGCCCAGACUCGGUGUACCGGAAGUUCGUUGGCUGUGUCAAGAGUCCUUAAGAAUAAUAGAUAACCAUUUUGCGAUUCCACUUAACAAAACCGAUUUACUUAAAGCGCCUAGACAUUUCCCUGUUCCGGUUUCAAGGUACACCCUGUGCGAAAUGACACUGAUUUGGCACAUGUACGGAGGAAGGGACUUCGAAUCGUCCUCGACGAAUAACGAAUAUGUCGUUGUCAAUGAUAAUAAAACUCGUGCUAAAACGACGAAUCAGAAAACGGAUAGGUCGCCGUGGUUCGAAGGAACUUUCAGUUCACCUAAAGACACGAACGAAUGGAAAGCGUACGGUGGCCAUAAUCGUCGACGCGACGUUCUGAUAGAACUGCAACUGAACAAAGUGCGUUUCCAGCACGAGAUCUAUCCGGAGAAUACCGAGAAAGCGGCGAGGCAAAUAUUGCUGAUAAGCGAGAUAGAAAUUCGAGACAGGCUGGCAUCUUCGCACAUUAAUAAAUUCUUGUACCAGUACAGUAGCGAGUCGAAACCGAGACAGUCUCACGCGAAUAUGUUUGUUUUGAAGGCAGUUCACGUCAGACCGGAUCCACGACUAAGUAGCCAAGAAUGUUGUUUGAAACUCAGCCUACUGCCGUUGCGUCUAAAUAUAGACCAGGACAGCCUAUUAUUCUUGAUAGAGUUUUUCAACGAACUGAGUAAUAAUUCGAAGCAGAUACUAGAGACUACUAACACACCGAGUAAUUCUCAAUCCUCCCCAAUGUCUAAACAAGGGACGUCAGCGCAUCAUUUACCGGUUAUGAGCGUGAACGAUACCGCGCCUAAUACUCAAUCGUCAACGAAUUCGUCGCAAAACGAUAGCAUAGAUCCAAAUUUACUGAUACUUCUCGAGGAUGAAUUGAUGAUCAAAGAGUGUAAAACGAGCACGAAAACGAAGCAGACGGUUACCGAGGAUUGUCAACCGAUAUAUUUUAGGAGUGUGGUAUUUUCCCCCGAAGUCCUUGUUAAAUUAGAUUAUCAUGGGAAGCGUGUAGAUCUCACUCAUGGCCCAGUAGCGGGCCUUCUAAUGGGCCUGGCACAAUUGAACUGUUCCGAAUUAAGACUGAAAAGAUUGACACAUCGAGAUGGACUUCUGGGAAUCGAUAAGCUUCUAACGUUUUUACUUUCCGAGUGGUUACAAGACAUAAAGAAAAAUCAACUUCCAAGUGUACUUGGUGGUGUAGGUCCUAUGCAUUCGUUGGUACAAUUGUUUCAAGGGAUACGAGACUUAUUUUGGAUGCCCAUAGAACAGUACCAGAAAGAUGGUAGGAUCAUUAGAGGAUUGCAACGAGGCGCGAACAGUUUUACCACCUCCACCGCAAUGGCAACGUUAGAAUUGACUUCUAAAUUGAUAUACGCUAUUCAAAGCACCGCUGAGACAGCUUACGACAUGGUCAGUCCUGGCCCUAGCGUCAGGCAUAAGAAUAGAGGGCAGAAAGGGCGACGGAAAAGGUACAAUCAACCGUUGGACAUUCGCGAAGGAAUGACUAAUGCUUACUUGCUAGUAAAAGAGGGUUUGGGUGAGACUGCGAAUCAGUUAGUGCGCGUAGCUAGUGAAGAACACGAACAGAAAGGAGUCUCUGGUGCAGUGGGGGGCGUGUUACGGCAAAUACCACCGACAGUUAUGAAACCGAUCAUUCUGGUGACCGAGGCAACCAGCAACGUAAUAGGUGGUAUGCAAUCGCAAUUGGUGCCCGACGCGAGACGAGAAGCAGCUCAAAAAUGGCGGCAAGAUUCGGACGAAAAGAAUUGAGGCCGCCCUCUCUUUUUAGUAAAAACAUGUGAGUCGAUUUAGGCUCGAUCUCUGUGCGACACAUUGAAUCCAUGACGUGAAUCACGAGGGGAGAGAAAAAAAAAAAAACGGGGAAGUGAAUUUCUUCUUUCAGGACGCUAAACAUAACAGUACGAGAAAAAAAGUCAAUUGACUCGACGACGCGUGAAUACAAGGAAAUUUAGAACUAAUUGCGUAAAUUAAUUGAAAAGACUUUACAAGAACGUGCGAUACAACAGAUUUGUGUAAUUAUAUGUUUCAGUUCCAUUGGAUUUUUGUUACAAACAUAUUAUGAAGAGAUCAAACCGAUUUGUUAUAUUUAUAGUUUAUAAAUAAAAUAUAUUAUCGUGAAACGUUAUU